UGACAGGAAGUGGGGAGCAGAUCAGAGACCAGUCAAUAGCCAAUCACGAUGCUGUGUGAGGGAGGACCAAAUGCUCGCUAAAAACUAAAGAGCACCACACUUGUGACAAAGAUACCAUUAGUUGUCUGACCAGCACAUCUACUUACCAGAAAAACAGCGACCUCUGAACUGUGCAAUGGUUCACCUGACUGUCCUCGGCCUGCUGGCUGUCCUGGCUAUGGUCACGAUGAGCCCCACCAUUGCUGCUCCUUCUUUCCAAAGUCGAGAGGAAUUACUGGCAGAGCUGAAGAGGGUGUUAACUGAUUAUGAAGACCCUCGUGGUUUGAUGUUAACAAACAACCAAGAUGUCUCAUCAGAGAUGAUGGAGAAGCGUCUAGAGGCAAACGAGGACUCUGUGGACAGCAGCGAGGAUUCGGACCCGCCAUCCAAACGAGAUUUCUCCUUCAAGUUCAACAACUGCCGCUUCGGUUGUCCUAAACGAUCAAGAGCCGAUAAAGGAAGGAGCCUCGAGCAGUAGCCACGAAAGCCUCAAAUGUUGUCAACAGUUCAACGCUGUCUCAGUUGACUGUCUCCACAUCUCGCACCCGACAUCGAUGUCGCUCUAACAAUGGUGAAGGCUGUCUGCAAAUGUUUCCACAGUUCCAACUGCCAUUCAUGUCACCUUACAAUACUUUGUCUUCCUCACUGUAAAGGCCACCUGGCGAUCGUCCUCCAAAGCCUGGGUGUCUUGUGCUUUGUAAUGUAAAGAUUGACAUUAAAUAACUGUUAAUCUC